UUUUCAGUUUUCCAGGUAUCUUCCCCAUCCCAGCCAGGAAACCUCUUCAUACCUGACCCCCUUUUAAUUUCCCCUCACUCGCCUGAUUAACAAUCCCACUGCUUUGGGUUUCCUCACAAAACAAUGUAAACAUUCACUCUUUUCUGGGGCACAGCCAGGAUUCACGCUGGCAUAAAACGGAGCAAACACAAGUCUGCAUACUUUCCAGCACAACUUGAUGCAGAGCAGAGAGAGCGGUCCUGUCGAGGGGCCCAUUGCAGCUUCAAGGAGGGGACACGUUUAACAGGAUUCUUCUGUGAGCACUGGGGCAAAGUUGUUGUUUUUCGUGUUUUUAUUCAUAACCCCUCAUGAAAAAUGUGUAAACUAACAAGAAAAGCGUAUUUUAUUUGUUAAAACUGGUGUUUUUGCUGCAGUGAAUGAAAAAAAUAGCCCCAUAUCACACUAUAUCACAUAAAAUGACUUUAAUUCCAAGGAGAAGUGUAAAAGAAAAACUUUUUUUUUUAAAUUUAUAAAGUCAAACCAAAAUUCACACUCUUGCCUGUCACGUCAAAGCUCUCUGUUGUUUGCUGCCUUCAGCUUCUUAUCAGAUGUGUGGGGGUCACUCCCUCCCUCCCUGCUCAGACAGGCAGGCAGCUCUUCCUCCAGGAGUCUCAUUCAUCUCUCCCUCCUUCACUCCUAACACCUCUCAACAUUUCAGACACAGAGAUGAAGAUGUCGUGGACACACGCCACCCCCCUGGCUCUCCUUGCUGCGUUUGUCGCUGUCUCCUUGUCUCCAGAGGCCGACUCUGCAGCUGUGGCCAGCAGCAGAGACAGCGUUAUGAAUCCUCAGGGUCCGCUGAGGAGAAUCUUCAUGAAAGAGGCCGAGGCUGCAAACUUCUUCAGGAGGCGCAGCAGACGGGCUGUGAAGUCUCAGGAUGAGCUCGACGCUGAGCAGAGACAGGUUUUAGCUGCUGACGAGCGGAAGAGAGAGUUCCAUGAGGAGAAGAGGAACGAGUUUGAGAGCUACGCCGAGGAGGAUAACGACGAGGUAAACGAGAGGAGCAGAGAGAGUACGGAACAGUGGAGGGAGUUCCACUACGACGGCAUGCAUCCACCCCACGAGUCCAACCAUCACUCCAACUGACACCCCGGAGCGCAGAUGCAGGGGGGCGGAGCAGAACUCAAGUGUCAUAAUGUAGACGUUCAAGCAAAAAUAUUUACAACUUUGAUUCAAUAUUUUUCCAUUUUAAACCUUUAAGAAAACUAAAUAGACUUCCAAAUAUCACAAAAUAACCAACUUCUUCACAGCUAUAUUAGUGUUUGUUAUAAAUAUUAGGGAUAAAUGACAUCACAGCAUAGUAUAUCUUAAAUCUCACAUUUAAAGGGCAAAUUUAAAAUAAUUUUAAAAUAUAUUUUUUAUAUUUACAUAUAAAAUGAGGUACAAUUCUAAGAAACCAAAAAAAAGAAAAAAAACAACUAAACUUAAAAACUUUUUUAUAAACUUAAAUCCUUUAUCUUGUCAUUUCUUUAUAAGACAGAAGAAAUCAGAUUGAAACUUCUCCGAAAGUAAUCAAUCAGUAACUUCGUAUCUGCUUUGCAUUUAUUUCUGUACAGACCAGCUUAAUGUCCUGUUUUCUCUUGAGAAGAAUCUUGCUUUUUACUCAUUAAAGUUCAUUUAAAAAUCAGCAGUUGGGUUAGAUCAGAGGUCUGCAGCCUUCAACACUUAUAGAGCCAUUCGGGUCGAUUACUCACCAACCAAAACCCAGUAGGAGCCCCAAAGUCUUCACU